GUUCUCAUCAUCAAGAAGAUGGCAGGGGUGACGGAGACUAAAAACGAUCCGAAAAAUGUCUUAUACCCUGGAAACCCGGAUUGGAUGAAGCAUCUACCCGAAAGUCUACAUAAAACUCCCCUGAACGAACUAGCGAUACCGGGGUCCCAUGAUUCUUUCACAUUCUACCUGGAUAAGACUUCGGAUGUGGGACCAGACACAUCUCAGGCCAUCCGUGAUCUGGUCAAGGUCUUCGGGGGAAUGGCCAAGGAUGUCAUCUUCAAAUGGUCUCAAACUCAAAGCUUAUCCUUUGCAGAUCAACUAAAAGCUGGAAUACGCUAUUUCGACCUCCGCAUUGCCUCGAAGCCAGGGUCCGAGGAUACUUAUUUCAUACACUGUCUAUACGGCAGCAAAGUGGAAGCCUCUCUGCAGGAAAUAAAUGGUUAUCUGGAAGAACAUCCGACGGAAGUCAUCAUCUUGGAUUUUAACCACUUCUAUGGCAUGAAUGAGUCCAUGCACAAACAGUUCAUGUCGGUAAUCUUAGAAACCUUUGGCGCCAAGAUCUGUCCUCAGAAGGACAUGCAAAGCCUGACCCUGGACGAGCUUUGGCAGAACAAGUUCCAGGUGGUGGUCAUCUAUCAGGACGACGUUGUGAAUGACUUUGACCAAUUCUGGCCUGCCAGCUGCAUACAGUCCCAAUGGGCCAAUACCACUGAUCCAGCCAAGAUGACUCAAUUCUUUGAGAAGAUGCACAGUGAAAAUCGUCCGGCAAAUACGUUUCGAACCUACCAAGGCGUUCUGACUCCAGACGCUACUUACAUAAUCAGCCGCUUCUCUGGAAGUCUCAAGAACGAUCUGGUGGCAAAAGCUGAUCCUGUCUUUGUUCAGUGGCUGAAGAAGAAGACGCGAGGGGAAAAUGGCAUCAAUAUCUGCACUAUGGAUUUUAUUGAAAAAGAAAGCUUUAUCUUUGAGCUCCUUGGUAUGAAUAAGUAACAGAUGAUGCCAACACGCACGUCUCAUGUUGUGGAUGUUUGCUUUUUUCUUGUUCCUGACACUGGUUUUCAGAGCACGAUAACUUGAGAAGCCCUGUGUGCACUGGUUUUCUUUGAUGACUGACCUGAGAGAAAUACAUUGUGGAGAACUCGGACAUAUGGAAUACUUAGUUUACUGUAUCCUUUUAGUUCAGAAAUAAUGGCCUUAGUUGAUGUCUACAGUCUUUCGAGUAGGUUCGGACUGUUCUUCAUAGUUGCAGCUAGGAUAUAGUUUUAGUUGAGAUGAUUAUUAUUUCAGGUGUUAUUGUAUGCAUUGGUAACAGUUAUUUAAUACUAUAGUAUUCUGGGGCUAUUACGUGAUACAGAUCCAGCAUGAAACUAUACUGAUUUGCAUCGUAGGCAAAGUAUUUCUGUACCCUUGUCUUUAGUUGCCAAACAAUGACUAUCCAUAUGUGCACUCUUUAUGUUUCACUGAAAAAGUGCAAUGUUCAACUCAAAUAUCUUUUAUUUGUAAGAACAGACCUGUAUAUUGUCUUGUUGUGACAAACCUUCCCUAAAGUUGGUGAUAUGAAGAAGACUUUAGAAUGCUGUUUUAUUGAAAUAUGUUUGUAUUUUGUAAUUUUUUGUUUAGAUUUUAGUGAACAUUAACCCUAAUUAAUCCUGAAACUCACUUUUUGUCUCCCGACUCUUGGCCAAUUGUCAAUAAGAUAUGUAAUAAUUAGUUUGAGAGUCAUGAUCAUUUCCGAAACACAACACUCAGGGUAACCCUGUAGACUGUUGGAUUUCUGUGUGGAGCUUUGUCUGAACUGGCAACUUUUGAACCACACAGGCAAUUUAUUUGUCUUGCCAGUCCAGCUGUCUGGCUGGAAUAUCUCUGAAUUUUACACACUGAUAUUGAUCAGUCAAACAUAAAUUAAAUUGGUCUUGACAAACGAUGCAAAUCAAAAUAUUUAGAUACCUGAAUUUGUAUUGUCAUUAGCAUUGUGACAGUAAAUCAUGGUCAUUGUAGGUAAUACUUCACAUGUGUUUGUUCUGAAAUGGGAAAUUACUCUAGUCAUUGCUAGUCUGUACAGUAAAAGCUUCUACACAAUGUUUCCAUUUCAAAAAUACUAUGCCCCAAAAAGUAGGGGAUAGUGGGAAUCAUCAAGGCACAUCUUCACAUGGUAUUAGCAAAUGGAAAUGAUAUGAUCAUAUCUGCUUGGGAGUAGGCGGUCAGAUCUAAUGGGUUCUAAUGGUUGGUGUGAUGAGAAGGUUGCGCGCAAGGUCGUUAAAGUGGUCGGGGGCCAAAUUCGAAAUUUACAUUUUGCAGCCAAUAUCACUGAUAUCGGGUAAAACCACCUCCGUUGGCCAGACAUGCACCAAUUCUUCGAGGAAUGAUGAGUCGACCAAUGUCCGCUUGACACAUGUUGUUCCACUCAUCAGUGAGAGCAACACCGAGUUCAUUGAGAGUGGUGGAUGGAUUUUGACGUACACGUCUGCCAGUGACGACCCAGAUGUGUUCAGUAAGGGAGAGGUCAGGUCUGAGUGCGCACCAUGGCAUAACAUAGAUCUUUUGCUGUAAGGGGAAUUGGGUCACAAUCUAGGCAUGAUGAACAUGUGCAUUAUCAUCUUGAAAGAUGCAAUGUUGCCCAACAUGUCGUGCAAAUGGCACACAAAUGGUGCAAUGAUGUUGUCCGGAUAGUAUUGACCUGUGACUCGGCCAUGGACAAUAUGGAGUGCGCAUUGUCAUUGUGAUAGCACCCCAUGGCAUUAUGGACCCACCACCCAAACGUCCAUAAAACGCUCAUUAGGACGUCUCCAAAAUCUAUUCCUUUGACCAUAGAAGUCGAGGGUUAACCUCGAUUUGUCAGAAGACAUGACAUUAGCCUAACGUCGAUUAUCCCAGUGCUGACAUUACCUACACCACUGACGCCUCUGACUCAAAUGACGUGCAGUAAAUUGUGGCAUGACACGUGAACGUCAUGCACGCAAAUGUUACCUGUGCAGACGAUUUUGCAUCCUCUGGCAUGUACUUUUACACCAGUUGCCUGUUGCAACCGGUCCCUUAUCUGAGGGGCAGUGUGCAACCGAUUUCUUAAUACCAUCGAUCUGACUAAUCUGUCCUGGGCUGGACUUGUUGCCCUUGGGCGUCCGUAGCACAUCAAUCAUCACUGUUGCCUGUUUGUUGGUAUUGGGCCCACAAUCUGCUCGAUGACGAAUUGAAAAACAUGCAGCGUUGGGAUGACAAUAUUCUGACACGUGUCCACCCGCAGCAUGUCUAUGGCACGUAAACAUUCAGCACAUUGCAAACGUCAUCAUCAAUCCUAUUGCUUCUUUAAUGAUUAAAUGUGUCUAGUAAAGUGUCUUUGAGUGUUUGGUUCCAAAAUAACAUUAUGCGUCUGGCAUACCACCCCUUGGACGUGCUGUCCAAGGUCACAUGCUUCAUGACUGUCAAUGUUGUUUGGCAGCUUAAUUUCUUCAGAAAUGUUCUUACACAUAAAUCACUUGCUUUCAUUGCUAGACAUUAGUUUGUUCUCCUGUAGUUUCACCUGAAAACAAAAUAUUCCCAACAAUUUUUGCAUAGUAUACAUUUCAAGUUUCAUGAUUAGCAAAAGGGUGCAACUUGAAUCACUUUCGAGUUUUCUCAACACAGAACUUCAUAUCUACUUCUUCUUUUUUAAAGAAACCCAGUAAUUGUAAUUGUAUUAUCUUGAUUAGAGGGACUUAAUUAUCUAUAUAUCACUUUAGUAGCUAUGUGCGAAAAAAGGCUUGUCCAAUGAAAAUUUCUAUCAAGCAGCCAACUCACUUCAACCUCAAUUGAGGACAUGGGCAAUCAAAUUGUGCUGCAAUGAAUCUGUGAAAACCUCUCAGCAGUGCAGACAACUGAGUUAAUGGACUUUCAAUGUCAAACAGCUAUGGCCUCAACUAGCUUUCUGUUAUGCUUAGGAACAAUUUAGAAGAUGUUGCACGACCACCAACACUCUGGCUUGCCCAAAGGCAGGGUAGGAUGAGGACCAUGUUGGAUAACCUAAAAACAAACACCUUUGUAAAAUCAUCAUGAUAAUCAUCAAACAUGUUCAAAUAAAUGAGAAGUUGACCUUUUCUUUUCAAUACUUACCUGUUUUCAACUUAUAACAGCUCCAAAUGUAGAGAAAACACUAAAUGUAACAAAAGCCUACCUUUGAAUGUUUUCAGAGCGCUUUUUUUCAAUAUUUCAAUUCUUUCACCCAAGCUGAAUUAAAGUAAACAUAUGGUGAACGAAUUAGCUUGACUGACGCUUAAAUCGUGUUUAGAUUUUUACUUGUAUUUCAUCCUUUUCACUUUUUUUCGCCAGACUUAUGUCCUUGAUCAUGUCAGCAGUAAAAAUAUUGUACAUUUAAGAAAGAAAAAAAGGGGAGUUGUCUUGCAUUUGGACAUGUCUUAUUAUUUUCCUACCAUUUCGGUAACUUUGUCAAGUGGGCUUAAAAAGAACCCUUACCUUACCUCUUUCUUUGCUAACAGGGCAGAAGAUGUUGUAGACUUCAGGCGGGCAAUGUGUCAUUAAAGUUUAUGAGAUUAGCCCAUUCACUUUCAAUUGGAUGUUAGUGCAGGUACUGCUUCCCACCAACUAACUACCAUUGAGAGGUUUUACAAUGAACACAACUACAUGUAUUUAAAUUUUGAUCAAAACAUAUUGGUUGAUGGGGGAGGAUUAUUGAUUUAAUAUGCAUACAGAAAAUCAAUGCUGAGUGUUUGUCAGAAGAUUUCUCAAUCAAAACCAGCGUAACAAAUUGGCACUAGUCCUGUAGUCCUUGCCAAACUGCCUAGUAGUUAAGGUAUCCUAAGGACCAGUAGAAAUUUGCCAUUUUUAAGGGCUUUGUUAUAUGUUAUCAUUAUAAGGACUAAAAAUGUUAGUUUCUACCACUGAAAACCAUUCUCCAUCUGAUACAGUUUAUCAUCCAUUUUCAACAUUCUGAUACAUUUACACAACAGGGUCAAGAUUGAUCCAUAUGUUUGGUCAUUGAGAAAAGAUUUCUAACUGUCUUUUGAAAUUCAGAUCUUUAGCAUGUUGAGUAGAAUGUUCUAUCAAAAUAUUUUUUUUGUCAUUUGCAAAAAUCCCUGUAUGAUUAAUGAAAAGUAAAUUUAUCAACGUCAUAAGAUCUAACCAUGGUAACCAUGGUAACAAUGGUCACAAUGGAGUCAUUAUUACUCUUUCAAAAGUGGAUUGGUUUGCAUUUUGUAUAACUCUUGAUAUAAUCAUGUUAUCCAGUCCUCUAAGUAACGACCAUUUGGGCAGCCAAAAUGUGACUUAAAUCCAUGAUUGGCGGCCUAAAUGUAUCUACUGCUCACCUCUUGGCUACCUAAAAGUAAUGUAACUGGCAACAUUUUCUGUUUAAGAUAUGUGUUGGUUCCUAAAAACCUAGGUUUUGCUCUUAAAAUAUUCAUGUUAGGAGCCGCUUCACCAUCUGUAUGACAAAUAGCCAUUGAGGCAUUUAGAUACAUAAAGAUGACAAUCAACUAGUUGACCAAUUGACUAGCUAUGAAUUACUGAAAUCACAGUUUGUUCAUUUAGAUCCAAGUGUGUCCAGUGACCUGAGCUAAUCAGAUUCAUCAGAAUCAAAUCUUAACACAGAUAUGUUACUCUGAUUUGAUACCUCUCUACAUUUGACAAACCUUCAGAUAGGUCACGCCCAGUUCACUUCCUAAUCAGCCAAUGAGAGUGGAGGCUUCUUAAUUCUUUGUACAAGUAAACAAAGCAUUUGAUACUACAUAUCUGACCUUUGAUUUUCAAUAUGAACCCAAGCAGGCAGUUCCAAAUGGAAAGUAAUGUGGCUAUGCCAUAUUGUGGAAACCUUACAGCCUGGCCUUUCAAUUGCAUCUUUCAAUCAACUAUAUAAGUAUUUCUUUCAUCCAUAUGAUCAGUGGAUUCAUUUUUCCCACGCCAAACAGAAUUAAACUUCCCUUACUGCACUGUCUAUGUCAAGGCCUCCAGUGAGACAAGGGGCGGUCAGGUAGCCUAGUGGUUAAAGCAUUCGCUCGUCACGCUGAAGACCCGGGUUCGAUUCCCGACAUGGGUACAAUGUGUGAAGCCCAUUUCUGGUGUCCCCCAUCGUGAUAUUGCUGGAAUAUUGCUAAAAGCGGCGUAAAACCAUUCACACACUCCAGUUAGACAAUGAAGCCAAAUUGUUUGAGAAAGGUGGCAUCUGAUUGGCUCAAGCCCGCACACCUGUCUUUUGGAUUGGGCAGUCAGGGUUCACUCGACAUUAGCGUCCAGUGGAGAACUUAUCAGAACUUCAACAAGAGAAGUAUUAACACAGUGUAAAAGACUUGAAUGACAUCACAUCGGAACCAGUCUUUUUUUCACAAUUUUCAAGUAUUUUAGGGAUGAUUAAUUUAUUAUCAGGAUUAAAGACCAUAUUCAGAACAAAACUAUCUCCCUGAUGAGUCUCUACCAUGGUAUUGAAAAAAGCAGAACAAAGUUCAACUUCACAAACUUUUGAUGUCAACUCAUGUCUUUGACAUAAAGACAUUUUGGCUUUUUAAUCCUAUUUUUAUAAAGAAUUUCUUGUUAUUUCAACACCAAUCUUAAAAAUCAAACAUACAUUUGACACUACAUCCUUUGAACAAAUAAUAAUUUGUGACAUUUACAAGAUUGUAUGUGCAUCAAACUAGAUGUGCCUAGGAGCAUUAGUUGCAUCACAAUCAUCACAAUCUUGUUCUUGGUACAAGUUUUCAUUAUAAAACCAAAUUUCAACUAGGUCACAUGUUGUGUUGGCGGUGAGUGACGAAGCGCGUCUAUCUCCGUGUUGGUAGUUUUGUGUACAACCUUGUAUUAUAGUGUUAGUCGUGUUCAGUAUUGUUAGUGGCUUCGGAGUCUGCAUGUAGGUCACAUGGCCUGUGAUCAUGCUGUGAGGUCAUUGUGCCAUCCUGAUAUGGUACAGUCAUAGACAUCCAGUUGUGAGUUUGGUUGGUAGGACCAGUUGUUUGCUAGUCUUGUAAAUAAGGACAUUUCCAUAUCUUGUUCAUAUGGUUGUUUGAGAUAUGUAUAUGUUUUGGAAUAUUUUAAUGAUUAUAAUUCUAUUUGUAUUUUUGUCAGUCACAAUUAACAUGAUUAACAUUUGGUCAUGUACUUCUCGGUGCUGUUGUACAAAGGAUCUUAGUGCUAAGAUGAUCGUACUUUAACUCCCAUACUUUAACACAGACUUACGUCAUCAUAGCGCUAAGGGUGUUUUGUACAACCGAAACCUGGAAGCCUUCUUUAUAAUUCCUGAUGUGGAAUGGCAACCAGCACCAGAAAAUGGAACUCAAAGAAUAUCUGUGUCGUUUUGGUCUUCCUUCUAUGCCUUGCUUUUAUUCUUUCUGUUGCCUAUGCACAGUCAAAUGACACACUGACACAAUUUUUGUAUUUUGUUUUGAUUAUUUAAAACAAGGAGAUGACAUGAGCAGGAAUAUUGAUUUUGGGUUGGCAAAUUAGAGUUACCUGCCCUUGGUUAUGAAAAAAGUCCAGGCACAAAAAUAUUGCCCUUGGUGUCCUUAAACCUGGCAUUGUGCAGUGUCCUUGAAGUGGAGUGGGUAAGCUAAAGGGCUGUAAUGAUACACUGGUACCUACGAUGUCAUCAGUACUAAGGCUCAGACGAUACUUGAAUCAUGACUUUGUGAGAUUUGAUGCCCUAUAAAUAGAACAGAAACUGAAAGAGUUAUCUCCCGUAAUGGCAGAAGUAGCAUAGCGCAACAAGGGCGUGGUGAUAGAGGACGUGCCUGCUAUUAAACUAUUACAUAUAAUAACCAUCCCUUCAUUUAGAACUGUUUUGUUCUUGGUUUUUUGGUCGACUAAUUUUUAUUUUUGAGGUAAUAAUAAGUAAAUGUAUGAAGCUAAUGGUUUUAGAGUUUUAUUUCCGUGAUUCCAUCAUUUCUUACUAUUUGUUGGUGUAUCGUGAUACCAGUGGUACCAUCAGUCCAUUUUAUUUCGAAAAAAAUCUUUAUUUCUGUAUAAAUUACCACCAAAGACAAUAAAUAGAUCUUAAUUGUGCACCCCCCCUUUUAAAAAAAGCUGUAUCCGCCCAUGCAGUCUAUCGUGGUACGUAUUGUAUCACAAGAUACGAGGCUGUACUGAGCUCCAGUAAGCUGUGCUUCUUGUAAGACAUCAAAUAUCAGCACCAGUGGGAUCUGUUUCAAUAUGCAUGUCUUCUUGGAGGUCAGAAAGAAAUGUGUGACUACCGUCAUCUUUUGUGUUAGCCAUGUAGAUCACAUAAAGACAUUACUGGUUCUAUUCAGAGAGAUUGGAAUUGGAUAGAAUACAAAAUUAGAUUUGAUCAGACACAAUUUUAGAAGCCUUCGGACAUGUUUUGUGAUGGCAGUUGGAAUUCUAUUUCAGUAUUGAUUUGGCUGAAUUAGCAUAAACAUGAUGAAGAAAUUGCAAGACCACAUGAGCUGAUAUAGUACAUCUGCAAGGAAUUCCACUGAAAGUUAUGACUUUAUUAUAAAUGACCAACCCCGAGGACAAUGGUCAUGAUAAAUGUAUUCUCCGUUAAAGGAACAAACUGCCAGAGAGUACUAACAACACUGUAAUAAUAAUAAUAAUAGUCCAUUUAUGAUGAGCCAAGUGAAUGCUGAAGACACAUGCUAUAAUUACCCAAGUCAGUGGAUCAGUGUGCACACAAGUUUCAUUCUCAGCUCCUUGGGGAAUAUGAGUGACAAUGUUGAAUGUAGUUUGUCCAUCAUUGUGUGUUGCAAUAGUUCUAGAUCCUUUAUUUUAAACAGUCGCUAUACAAGUGCAAUAAUCUUGGACGCGACGUUAAAACCCAUUUCACCUCACCACCUUAUUUCAAAUAUACAGUUCAUUUUUCUUGCAUCUUUCAUGUUUGUUAUAUGCUCUAAAUGUUUUGAUCUAUAUUUCACUGACAACUGCUCAGUACUCAAAAUAUGUUUAUAAAAUGCUUUACUGAAGGUUGACCUGAACAGUUCUAAAGCUUUAGAAAAAGGGUUUGUACAUCUUGUAUAUUUUCUUUCAAAACAAUUAAUUGUCAUGAUUAUGACUGACAAAAAUACAAUCACUUUGUUGGUUAAUUAUCACUAAUCACGUGCUUACAAACAAUUAGCCUGAUGAAUAUGAUUAAACAGGGCUUUCACUGUUUAUGUUGAGUGUUUCCUAGAAUGUACCAAGGUUGUUGUUUUAGAGAUUAUAUAUUCGAUCUAUCAUAGUUAUCACAAAUGUUUACAAAUUCAUUGUAAUGUGAAAUAGACACAUCUUCUGUUGCCAUGGAUACUAUGAACUAUGAUUUGUUCAUCAUUUACUGGGGCAGUUGGAUAGUCAAGUGGUAUGUGUGUCAUCUUUCUCGAGUUUAAAUCCUUCAUCAUGUACACCAGUACAAUUACUUAUCAAGGUAUCCUGAACCCAAAUCUCAUUAGAAUCAGAUCUUUUACUCGGAUCUGGUGCCGCCCAGUGUGAGGGUCUGACAAAUCCUCCAUAGGAGUUGACGCCAGGGGAACUUCCUUAUUAGCCAAUCAGUGCUGAGGCUUUUAAAUACUCAGUAUGAGUGAACAAAUCAUUCAGAGCAGCAUAUUCCUAUUUCUGACUCUCACAGUUCCAAAUGGAAUAUGAAAUAAACCUCACUAUGUUGUUAUGUAUAUUUUAUACACUUUUAUUUCUAAAUGCCAUGGCAUGAAAUUUCUGAAAUAAAUAAAGUUGAAUUACCAAAUUGUUUCACAAGUCACAAUGUUUGGUACAGAGUUGUGUCCCUUAACAGGUCACUGUAGAGUUGUGUCCCUUAGUUGUCACAAGUCACUGAAUGAAGCUGAUAUCUGAUUGGUUGAGAAUCAACACUUUCUUAAUUUACCUUGUUCAAAGUUUGCUGAGAGUUUGUCUGAUGCAACCUCCUGUGGCGUGUUUGCUGUAUCUUGAUACAGAGACGUGUAGUAUCAUUGUACAAGAUCUGAUCUUAAUGAGUGCCCAACCAAUUAUAUAGUGUUGGUAUGGUUGUGUAAUAACAUACGCACUGACACUUGAUUCUAUAUCUUUCACAUCUAAUGUUAUUUUUGUAUACUGACAAACACAGUUGUAAUUUCCAAUAUUGUUCAUGAAGAUGUGUCUAUUUUUCUACAAUAUGACUGUAUUCCUUUUGCAUUAAGUAUUUUGACACCUAAAAUUACAUCAUAGCUUUUUUAUUUUCAGGAAAUUUAUUUUAUAUUGACCAAAUAGAGACAUAUUUUUAGAUUGACACUUGUUUUAUAUGAAUCACGUAAUAGGUAUUAUCGACAAUCACCUCAAUUACGAUGCCAAAAUAUUUCUUCAUUAUUCAGCCUAGGCUGUAAGAAUAUGCAAUUUAACAGAAUUAUUUGAAUUUGCACAGCAACAAAGGCCACUGUCACUGUAGGCCCUCACUCUUGUUAUAGGUAUUUCUGUUCACAAGUACUAAGGAGUUAAUGGUAUAUCUUCUCUGCACUGUCAGAAACUGGAGUACAACCUCAUCUCUUUUUCUUGAAGGAUUUACACUGUAUUGGUGUGAACUUGGGAUGAUAAUUGGCCCCAUAGACUCUUUUAAUAUGCAAUCUUUAUAAAGUCAAAAUUACAAAUAUUAUGUUAAUUUCAAAUAUAUCUGCCUCAUUAUGUUUGUGUUCAUACAAUUUGAAAUCUCUGGUUGAUUUCAUUCUUUUAUUAGAAUAAUACAUAGUCAGAUGUUAAAAAGCAUAGUUAACCUUUCAACUGUCAAUAAUAUUUUAACUACUAUAUACAAUAAUUUGUUCAAAAUAAGAUACGAAAACAAAUUUUCUGGAAAAUUCAUUGGAAAUCACUCUUCGGAAAGUUUUUCAAUUUUUCAUUGACUGUUUAUCAAUAAUCAGUUUUUGUGAUAUGUUUGUUACCAUGGUUACUAUGGUUCAAAUUUAAAACAUUUUUUUUUUUCUGAAAUCGUUUGGUAUCGUUUAUGAGUACAUGUUAUCACGGUUAUACAUCUAUUGUUUUUGUCCUAAGCAUGCUUCCCAGUGAAUAGAAAUCCAUACGUAACAUUAGGAACAGAUAUCACUUCAUCAAAUAUUUAUGUGAAGAUAACAAUAUAUAGCUCAUCGCUACAUGUGGUAUGUAUAAUGGUGACUGGUUAUUUUAAGCUUUUCCCUCCAGCCUGAAAUGUACACCUUCCAAGUCAAUCUGUUUGUUUAUGAACAUUCUGACAAACUGUAAACAAUGCUUUUUACAGGAGUAUGUGAGAGGGCAGAGAGAUAGAAGAAUGUUGUUUCCAAGGAAACAAGUCACCUCAAGUUGCUUUCUGAGUUUAUGUAUGUUAAAUGGAUGUUUUCUACAUCCUUACCCUUUUUGUUUGUUUUUGUUUGUUUGUGUGUUUGUUGUUCAAUGCCGCACUCAGCAAUAUUCAAGCGAAAUGGUGGCAGUCUGUAAAUAAUCGAGUCUGGAACAGACAAUCCAGUGAUUGACAUCAUGAGUUUCGAUCUACGCAAUUGAGAUACAAUGACCUGCAUCAACCAUCAUGUGCAUUUAUAAUGUGCCAAAUUCCAUUUACCAAGUGGAUGCUCAGAGCACUACACUAUUAUUACCCUGGUCAAUGGAUCAGUGUGCGCUCGAUUUUCUUUCUCAGCUCCCUGGGGAAUAUGCAACCCAUGCUGCCUGUGAGGCACUAGAAGGU